AGAGAGAGAGAGAGAGAGAGAGAGAGAGAAGCUCUCUGAUACUGAACACUGCUCGGUCCUCGGCUGCAGGGUCGGGUUAGAGGAGAGGAUAUAUAUGUAUGUAUAUAUAUAUAUGCAUAUAUACAUACAUAUAUAUAUAUAUACAGGACACAGCGGAUCUGAUCUCGGGAUUGGCUGCUGCUCUCUGGCCUCCCGUCCGGACGGGCAGCACCGCGUCUUUAUUCCGUCUCUGCGGAACGUGACCCAGACAUACCGCGAGAACACCGACAUGACCAUGGAUUAAACACGGUUAUCUUCUCAGAAAGGUUUGCUGUGUCUCGCUCCAGGCUCCAGAUGUUGAACAUGUCCGCUCCCGGCGAGCUCAAGUCUCCCUGCGUGACGCGUAACGGCAUGGUGAAGCUGCCCCCCGCCCAGCCCAACGGCAUGCUGAGCGCCAGCAUCACCAAGGGCACGCCCGCCGCCAAGAACCGCCUGUGCCAGUCCUCCUCCGCCUCGGUGCCCUCCAUCCUCCCCCCCCCACCCUCCCCGCUGCCCUACCACCAUCACCACCACCUGCACCACCACCCCCACCCCCUCCUGCACCUGGAGGCCGGCCUGGGCCCCCAGGGGGGCUGCGGGCCCCACCCCGGUCUGGGGGCCGGCCUGCUGAUGGGCCCCAACGGCCUGGAGGCGGGAAAGCCCCCGCUGGCCCUGAAGCCCCCCCUCCGCCCGCUGCAGCUGCCCCCCCUCACGCUGCCCAAGCCCCUGCUGCCGGCCGAGCGCCAGCUGGUGCUGGACGAGAAGCUGCUGAACCGGCUGCUGUGGUUCUUCACCACGGCCGAGAAAUGCGCGCUGGCGCAGGUCUGCAAGACGUGGCGUAAGGUGCUGUACCAGCCCAAGUUCUGGGAGGGCGUGAUGCCCAUCCUGCACGCCAAGGAGCUGUAUGCCCUGCAGCCCAGCGGGGACAAGGAGUUCGUCAGCCUGCAGGCCUUCGCCCUGCGCGGCUUCCAGGCCUUCUGCCUGGUGGGCGUGUCCGACCUGGACAUCUGCGAGUUCAUCGACAACUACCCCCUCUCCAAGAAGGGCGUGCGCUCCGUCAGCCUGAAGCGCUCCACCAUCACCGACGCCGGCCUGGAGGUAAUGCUGGAGCAGAUGCAGGGUCUCAUGCACCUGGAGCUGUCGGGCUGCAACGACUUCACGGAGGCCGGCCUCUGGUCCAGCCUCAACGCCCGCCUCACCUCGCUCAGUGUCAGCGACUGCAUCAACGUGGCAGACGACGCAAUCGCCGCAAUCUCCCAGCUCCUCCCCAACCUCUCGGAGCUCAGCCUGCAGGCCUACCAUGUCACGGACACGGCCAUGGCCUACUUCACCGCCAAACAGGGCUACACCACCCACACCCUGCGGCUGCACUCUUGCUGGGAGAUCACCAACCACGGAGUGGUCAACAUGGUGCACAGCCUCCCCAACCUCACCGCCCUCAGCCUCUCCGGCUGCUCCAAGAUCACAGACGACGGCGUGGAGCUGGUGGCCGAGAACCUGCGCAAGCUGCGGAGCCUGGACCUGUCCUGGUGCCCGCGGGUCACCGACAUGGCCCUGGAGUACAUCGCCUGCGACCUGCACAAGCUGGAGGAGCUGGUCCUGGACAGGUGCGUGCGGAUCACAGACACCGGCCUGGGCUACCUGUCGACCAUGUCCACGCUGAGGAGCCUCUACCUGCGCUGGUGCUGCCAGGUACAAGACUUUGGGCUCCAGCAUUUGUUUGGAAUGAGAAGUCUUCGUCUCCUAUCCCUCGCAGGCUGCCCCCUGCUGACCACCACAGGUCUCUCUGGGCUGAUCCAGCUGCAGGACCUCGAGGAGCUGGAGCUCACCAACUGCCCUGGGGCCACGGCGGAGCUCUUCAAGUACUACUCCCAGCACCUGCCCCACUGCAUGGUGAUCGAGUAGAGCUCCUCCUCACGCCCUGAGGAACACCACACAGAGAGACGCCAACCACACUUGAACUCCCUACCACCUCCUCGUCCUUGUUAUUUUCUUGCCUCUCAUUGAAAGUAUCCCCCCCCCCCUCCUGGAAGCAACCCCCCCUCAUCAUCAAUUGGACUUGCAGCCGGGCAGAGUGACAGGCGAUGGAAGGUUCCGAAGGCUCUGACGUCUUUUCCUGGUGGGAUGUGAUGGACGUUAUGAUCUUGAGGCGCCAGAGGGGGCGCCAGAGGGAGAUGGAGAUCCUUGGCGAGGCAUUCUUGCCUGACUUGAUUUUUUUUUUUUUAAGUGAAAAAGAAACGUUUACAAAGGGAGAUGGAAAGCUGGAGGAAAGCUUUUCUAAUUGACCGAAGUGUGUUUUCCUGCAAUGUUUCAAAUACUUAAGAAAGGUUUGGUGCUGAACAUGGCAUGGACAUAGCACCAGCAAAGGCAGAAUGAAAGACUUUCGAAAAGACACCACGAAACUAUGUUCAUAGACUACUAAAGACUACUGCAGACAUAAUGUUAUGUGACAAAUGAAACAGAUGUUACUUCUCCAGAUAAUUAGUACUCUCAUUGAUAUUUCCAUUUCUUGGUGUAAUAUAGUUCCUAUUAUUUUUCUCAGAAGGUGACCUCUCUCUUCGUGGAGUUGUGACGCCCAGAGAGAGAAAGAGUUGUGAUGCUAGCUCCAGAUGAUUGGUGGGAGCUCGAGGUGUUGACAGCUGUUCUUGAGAACCAAAGAGCAGCUGAAUCAGGAUCAGAUAACAAGGGAUGGGUUAAUGUGACGCAAAGAGCAUGGACAGAACUUCUCUCCUCUUCUCCUGGCCCUCAGAGGGCCGACUCCCGUUCUGUGGAAUCCGCCACCGGGGUUUACUUUGUUCAUUUCUAUGUCUAUAUCAAAUUCAAAAGAGUUGCACGCUUUAUUCACUUGUCUUGAAUACACUUUAUCUUUUGUUUAAUCCUUCAACAUAUAUAUCAAUUUUAUUUUGAUGUCCAGAGAAGCCUUGUUGUUCUCUUUAAUUUUCGAUUUCAUUUUGUUUUACUAAGCAAGGGUUACAACUGUUAAAGGAGACACCAAUGUGCAAAUCAAGAAACUACAACCCCCAGGAGCCCUCUGUCCCCGUAGUGGAGGCGCCAUACUGGAGGAUAACAUGGCUCCAGAGUCUGAAGACCAAAGGGCCACUUUCAGCCAUUUGUGGCAUGUGUCAAAAGAAUGACAGUAAGGUUUUUGUAAUCAAUAAUUAGGUUUCUGAUGAAUAUUUAGCGACUCAUGGUGAAUAUAAUAAUAUUUUGGGGGUCUUUUUUUAGCCAACAUACAAGUUAUUUUCCUAUGUUAAAAUGACAAAUAUUUUGGAUUGGUGAUAGUUCCUGGUUCUAUUUAAUUUGUUUUUAUGCCAGUGAUUGUUAAUCAAACACACACUAAUGACUCAGCAAUGAUUUGUGCCAUUGGGGAGGGCUCUGUGUGAGAGCCGUCACAGGUGAGGCUUUAAACACAGACCCUUGUACUUGAAUUAGAACAUUACAACUUCUCUGUAGCCCCCUCUGCUGGCAGCUCAGAGCAGCUCAAGCCUCAAGGUGCUCUUUACUUUAGUCUAACCCUAACCCUAACCCAGGGGGAACUCAUCCCCUUCAUCAAGGUGGUGGUUCUGACCCAAGGAUGACGCUGUGAGCUCACCUGUGGACCAUCUAUUACCUGACCCCAAUAAGGCAGGCCUGAGUGAGCAUACAUUGGGAAAUACUAACAAGCAACACAUGCACGCACACGCACACACACACACACACACACACACACACACACACACACACACACACACACACACACACACACACACACUUUCAGCGUCUCAGCCUCUUUUAGCCUCCUAGCCUCUUUUAGCCCCUAGCCUCUUUUAGCCCCCUAGCCUCUUUUAGCCCCCUAGCCUCUUUUAGCCUACUAGCCUCUUUUAGCCUCCUAGCAUCUUUCAGCCUCUCAGCCUCUUUUAGCCCCCUAGCCUCUUUUAGCCUCCUAGCCUCUUUUAGCCUCCUAGCCUCUCAGCCUCUUUUAGCCCCUAGCCUCUUUUAGCCUCCUAGCCUCUUUCAGCCUCUCAGCCUCUUUUAGCCUACUAGCCUCUUUUAGCCUCCUAGCCUCUUUCAGCCUCUUUUAGCCUCCUAGCCUCUUUUAGCCUCCUAGCCUCUCAGCCUCUUUUAGCCCCUAGCCUCUUUUAGCCUCCUAGCCUCUUUCAGCCUCUCAGCCUCUUUUAGCCCCUAGCCUCUUUUAGCCUGCUAGCCUCCUAGCAUCAUGGUGAUGCUGGAGAUGUCAUUACUCUGGAGGGCUGAAUGCACCACACUGUUGACACCAGGCCCCCCCAUAUCCCCACAUUCCCAGUUCACAUCCUAUUCUGGUUCCCACACCAGGAGUCGGUUUAGAGGACAUAACACUGACACUACACGUAACUGUAAUGGAUGCAUAAUAUUUAUUGUGCGCUGUAAAAUGCUGGCCACAGUUAGCUGUGUGUCUUUUGACCAACAGCAGUUUUUCAGAAAAAAAAACGCUUGUCAUGAUAAUGUACAUACUCUUAAUUUAUUUAUUUAUUUAUUUCAAUCAAACAAUAUCUAUUUAAUAAUUGCUGUUUUUAUUUAUGUAUUUAUUUAUUUAUUUAUUUAUGUAUUGAUUGAUUGAUUGAUUGAUUGAUUGAUUGAUUGAUUGAUGAGGUGGAAUCAUUUGGAUGUUUUGUUUCUUUGACAACCCUCUUUUGGACUAGAUUGAGAGAGUUCAUAUCAUACGGUUCUGCUGUGUGAUGUCAGACAUAAUGUGUUCACAUCGUAAUGUGUUCACAUCAUAAUGUGUUCACAUCACAAUGAGUUCACAUUCAUAAUGUGUUCACAUCAUAAUGCAUUCACAUCACAAUGCAUUCCCAUCAUAAUGCGUUCACAUCAUAAUGAGUUCACAUUCAUAAUGUGUUCACAUCAUAAUGAGUUCACAUUCAUAAUGUGUUCACAUCAUAAUGCGUUCACAUCAUAAGCUCCAGCUGUGUGUGAGGGUCCAACAACAGCAACAGGAGACAGAGAACACUUUUCUUUCUAGUCCAUUGCUCUCAUGAAAAUGUGAUGGAAUAAACCGCAGAGAAAAGUGAUCCAGUGUUGUGUGGGUUGAGGCAUGGUUGAAGUAAGUGUGCGUUUGAAGCUCUCUCAGACAUUGCUUGUUAUCCAUGUGGUCGGCCACGACUUCAACUCCAUGUUCCAGUAUUCUGAUGGAUAAUGUGAAACAUAGGAGUUAUACUUGGAAUAGCUGUCCUUCACUUCUGUAAACCAAUACAAGAAUAACAAUAUGCACCAUGAAAGAAAGAUAUACAUUGUUCUCUUAUGACUUUCCGAUCAAAGACAUCAUUGUUUAACCGGACUCCCCUUGCUCAUGUCCCACAUGUCGUCCCACUGAUGGUUAACAGUGAAACACAAGCAGGAGUAACAACCAAUGUUGAAAUUGGUAAAGCACUGGUCGUUUUAUGCUGGCAACCUGUCCCACAAAGCAUUGCUGUCGUUCUCAUGUUUGGUGAAUUGGCCCAGCGACUCAUUUCUGCCACAGAUUGGUGAAUCGUUCCUUUUUGUUGCUUUGGUUGAUGUGCCAUUUUUCCAUAUUUUGAAAGCUUUUGACUUGCAAAUAAUAUAGGCCAGGUUACGUCCGUUUGUAAAAACAAACUGUUUUGUUUUGUGCAGACAGUGUGCAAAAAGGACUCAAAGUCUUGUUUAUCAAUGUUCUGCACACUGAUUAAAGAAUUUAAAAAAAGAAA